UUACCGCGUUAACGGCGACGUCAGCCCGCGCCGGAACCGACACCGCCUGAAACCGGAAGUUAACCGUAGCUGCUAAUGUUGUUGUUGUUGCUGCUGCUGCGUCGAAGAAGAGCGGCGGCAGGAUUAAACCUGACUUUUCCUCAUAAAUAAAGGCAAAAAUGGGGAAGAAGCACAAGAAACACAAACCCGAGUGGAGAAAGGUUGAAGGAGACUACGAGGACAAACCCCUGGAUAAACCGCUGAAGCUGGUGCUCAAGGUGGGCGGCAGUGAAGUGACCGAGCUCUCCGGAUCCGGCCACGACUCCAGUUACUAUGACGACCGCUCUGACCACGAGUGGGAGCGGCACAAAGAGAAGAAGAAGAAGAAGAAGAAGAAAUCGGAGAAGGAGAAAUAUGUAGAUGACGAGGACAGGAGAAGGAGGAAGGUGAGUGAAAAGAUUUUCCCAGAAAACGAAUCCACCCCUCGCCAGCAGCUCUUGGAGCAUUUCUUGCGUUUGCUUCAGAGGAAAGAUGCACACGGAUUCUUCGCCUUCCCGGUGACAGACGCCAUUGCUCCAGGAUACUCCAUGAUAAUCAAACAUCCCAUGGACUUCAGCACAAUGAAGGACAAAAUCGACACAAACGAAUACAAAACUAUCACAGAAUUCAAGGCAGACUUCAAGCUAAUGUGUGACAACGCCAUGGUUUAUAACCGACCGGAGACGGUUUACUACAAAGCUGCCAAGAAGCUUCUCCACACAGGAUUCAAAAUGAUGAGCAAAGAGCGGCUGUUAGCUUUGAAGCGCAGCAUGUCUUUUAUGCAGGACAUGGAUUUCUCUCAGCAGGCUGCCAUUUUGGGAGAUGACCACAUUACGCCUGAGGAACCGGUGACGGAGAUCACGCCAAUCCACACGGAGUACCCCAAAAAGUCCAAAAAGCAGCCCGUCAAGGAGCCCAUCAUCAGUGAUCCGUAUGAGCUGGAGGGCAACGCCUGCAGUUCGACGGACAGCACGGCGGAGGAGCAUGUGUUGGCGCUGGUGGAGCACGCGGCGGAUGAAGCGCGGGAUCGAAUCAACCGUUUCGUGCCAAGAUCUAAGAUGGGGUACCUCAAAAAGGACUCCGACGGUUCCCUCAACUACACUGUUGUAAAUCAAGAUCCUGAAGCAAAAGAGGAAGAGACUCUUCCUGUAGAUUUGAGCUCUUUGGCGAAUAAGCUCAUACCUGGACUGACGUCGCUGGGCUUUAAAGACGACAGGAGACACAAAGUGACGUUCUUGAGCAGCGCGUACAACACUCAGACUCUUCAGAACAACUCCGUCUAUCCUGAUCUACUUCCAGAGGAGAUGGACAUGCUGUACUCGGCUUACGGAGACGAGACCGGGGUCCAGUGCGCUCUCAGUCUGCAGGAGUUUGUUAAGGGUUCUGGGAGUUUUACCAAAAGGCUUGUGGAUGAUUUGCUGGAUAAAAUGACAGCUGGUGAUCAUUCGAAGGCUGUCAUGCAAAUCCGACAGAAAAGGAACAUGCCGAUUGAUGACAUGAAGUCUAGUUUAUGUGACAUGCCGGGAACAGAUGGAAGCGGAAUAGAAGCUGGUUCAGUGCUGGAUUUCAUGAGCAUGAAGAGCUACCCAGACAAUCCUCUAGAUAUGCUCAACACGUUACGUAAAUGUGUGAAGAAGGAGCCGGAGCAUGAAGACGGUCAUCAGCACUUUGACGACGCAGCCAAACUUCUGCAGGAGUUUCAGGACGCAGCGGUGGACCGAGUCGGAUCCCGUCCGUCCUCCAAUCUCUCGUCCCUGUCAAACAAUUCAGAGAGGGAUCCGCACCAUUUAGGAAGUUCCCCUCAUCUUGGAGAUCAGACAGAGAUGGUUGAGGACCCUUACGAGUUCCUGCAGUCUCCAGAGCCCGGAUCCACCGCUAACAGCUGAUGUUACUCUCAGACUGACACGCUGUGAUUAUGUGCUGUUCUAAAGGACUGGACAGACUCACUGCAUCACCUGCUUGUUUUUAAAUAAAACCUCUGUGUCUGA